AGUAAGCCUUAGUAAGUAAACACAAGUCAUCUGAUUUAUGGAUGUAAUUUGUGAUCAAAGAAAGGUGAGGGGUCAGAGGUCAGCUUAGGUUUAUGUUUUAGGGUGUUAGAGGAAAUAGAAGUGGCUCGGUUCUGAAAGCGGUUCGGUUCUGGAAGUGAUUCAGUUUUGAGAACGGUGGCUCCUUCGUCCUGGAGGCUCAGGUCAGCUGACCUACAGCCCGUCUGUGCUGCCGAACCCCUGCCUCAUCCUGCGGUUCGGUUCUGGUCAGACGGCAGAACCGGCUCCUCUGUUCGGAACCAGACCACAUCAUCCUCCUCCUCAGGAUGGCCUUCAUCACCGCUAACUGGAACCCGCUGGGAGACACUUUCUACCGGAAGACGGAACUUUAUGAGAUGUUCUGGAGCCUCCGGGACGGACUGAGGGACAGUCUGGUGGCAGCAGCUCCGUAUGGAGGCCCAAUCGCUCUGCUCAGAGAACCGCUCAGACGUUCCCCCAGCUCUCGUCCUCAGCUGGAGAUCUACUCCGCCUCUGGAGCGUCCAUCACCAGCUUCCCUUGGAAGAGCGGUCCGGUGGUCCACCUGGGCUGGUCCGUCAACGACGAGCUGCUGUGUGUUCAGGAGGACGGGACAGUUCUGAUCUACGACCUGUUUGGGUCCUUCAAGAGACACUUCAGCAUGGGACAGGAAGUGGUCCAGUCAGAGACGUGGUGUCCACUGGUUGUCUUGGUCUCAAACAGGAAGUGGUCCAGUCAGAGACGUGGUGUCCACUGGUUGUCUUGGUCUCAAACAGGAAGGGUCCAGUCUCAGGUGUUGGAGGCCAAGGUUUUCCACUCGCCGUAUGGAACAGGUGUCGCCAUAGUAACGGGUUUCCGCUUCACCCUGGCAACCAACAUCGAGGACUUGAAGCUGCGCAGGCUACCUGAGGUCCCAGGUCUCCAGGGCAAGCCGUCCUGCUGGGCCGUCCUCACUCAGGACAGACAGACCAAAGUCCUGGUGUCCAGUGGACCUGAACUCUAUGUUCUGGACAACACGUCCUGCACGGCUGUGUAUCCUCCAGGUCUCAGUCCUCAGGCUGGCAGCAUCGUCCACAUGUCUGUCUCCUUCAGCUACAAAUACCUGGCUCUGUUCACUGAGACGGGACGGCUCUGGACCGGCUUGUCCAACCUACAGGAGAGACUGAGUGAGGUGGACACCAAGCAGGCAGCUACGCCCAAACAGAUGGUCUGGUGCCGCAGGCCGAGGUCCCAGCAGCCCUCAGUGGUGUUGAUGUGGGACCGGCUCCUCCUGGUGGUGGGAUCUUGUAACGACACCAUCCAGUUCCCCCUGGAGGACCAGUCGGUGCUGGUGGGCGAGCUGGACGGGGUUCGGAUCAUCGGCUCCGGCAGCCAGGAGCUGCUGCAGGAGGUUCCUCUGGUCUGCCAGGACAUCUUUAAGAUCGCCUCCAUGGCUCCUGGAGCGCUGCUGCUGGAGGCCCCGGAGUACGAGAAGUCCAGUCAGAAGGCGGACGAGUACCUGAGGGAGAUCAAGGAGCAGAACGUCCUGGGAGACGCCGUCCGGCAGUGUGUGGAGGCGGCCGCUCACGAGUACGACCCCGACACCCAGAAGGCCCUGAUGAGGGCGGCGUCCUUCGGGAAGUGCUUCCUGACGGAGUUCAGCCCGGAUCAGUUUGUGACGACCUGCAGGGAGCUGCGGGUUCUGAACGCCGUCAGAGAGAGCAGCGUGGGGAUGCCGCUCACACACUCAGUAUCCUGCCCUGGUGCAUCAUGGGAGGUGGAAUUUAAACAGAUGACCCUUCAGGUCCUGAUAGACAGGCUGGUCUACCGGCAGUUCUACCCUCUGGCCAUCGAGGUCUGUCGCUACUUGAAGAUCCCAGACUACCAGGGAGUCAGUCGAGUCCUGAAACACUGGGCCUCCUGCAAGGUGCAGCAGAAGGACCUGACCGAUGAGGCCAGCCGAGCCGUCUGCGCCAAGGUGGGAGACUCACCUGGAGUUUCGUACUCGGACAUCGCGGCUAAAGCCUAUGAAUGUGGACGGCCAGAGCUGGCCAUCAAGCUGCUGGACUUCGAGGCCCGGUCCGGGGAGCAGGUUCCUCUGCUGCUGAAGAUGAAGAGGAGCCAGCUCGCUCUCAGUAAAGCCGUGGAGAGCGGCGACACCGACCUGGUUUACACGGUGGUGACGUACCUGAAAAACGAGAUGAACAGAGGAGAUUUCUUCAUGACACUGAGGAACCAGCCGGUGGCGCUCAGCCUCUACAGACAGUUCUGCAAACUGCAGGAGCCUCAGACGCUGAAGGACCUGUUCAACCAGGACGACGACCACCAGGAGCUCGGCAACUUCUACGUGACGUCCAGCUACAGGGACAAGAGACUGGAGGGCCGGCUGGCACAGCUGCAGAGCGCCGUGGACGAGUACAACAAGGCCAAGAACGACUUCGCUGCCAAGGCCACGGAGGAGGAAAUGCGUCUCCUUCGUUUCCAAAGGAAGCUGGAUGACGAGAAGGGGGCGGGGCUUCUGGGACUCUCCCUACAGGCCACCAUGGAGGCUCUGAUGUCGUUGGGUCUCCACAAGCAAGCAGAGCAGCUCUACAGAGACUUCAGAGUGCCGGACAAAAGGUACUGGUGGCUGAAGCUGAAGUCUCUGGCUGAGAAGGAGCAGUGGGAGGAGCUAGAGAAGUUCUCCAAGAGCAAGAAGUCUCCUAUUGGCUACCUGGCCUUCGUGGAGGUGUGCAUGAAGAACAACAACAGACAUGAAGCCAAGAAGUACGUCAGCAAGGUCACACCUGAGCAGAAGGUCAAAGCUCACCUGGCUGUGGGCGACCUAGAUGGAGCAGCAGACGCCGCCAUUGAGCGCAGGAAUGAGUCUGAGAUGGGGGCGGUCCUCUCCAGAUGCUCCGCCUCCGACCGGCUGCUGAUGGACAAGUUGAACCGGGCUCGGGUCGCCACUGCCAAGAAGUGACCCGAUCCGGGCCAAGAAGUGACCCAAUCCGGGCCAAUAAGUGACCCGAUUGGAGCCCAGUCACACCCCAUUCCUGCAGCUAGCAGCGCUAACACAGUCUGCUAAAUAAAUGCUUCUGUUUCCGA